GAGAGAUGAAACAAGUGUCAUUGUUAACGUUACGAGUUUUUCCGACAGAGUUAUAAUUUUCAAUUAUUUGAUCUAACUUUUUUGUUAUUGUUCUUCGUAUAAAAAUAAUAAUUUAUAUGAUAAUUCAUUGUUUAUAUUAAAUUAUGCAAGUCAGAUAAAUUCAUUUACAAAAAUGAGUAAUGUUUAUAUUCAAGAACCUCCCACGACAGGAAAGAUUCUAAUGAAAACAUCUGUUGGAGACAUAGAAAUAGAAUUAUGGGCGAAAGAAACUCCGAAAGCUUGUAGAAAUUUUAUUCAAUUAUGUAUGGAAAAUUAUUACGACAACACCAUAUUUCACAGAGUUGUUAAAGGAUUUAUAGUUCAAGGUGGAGAUCCAACAGGUACAGGAGAAGGUGGUGAAAGUAUAUACGGUUCUCCCUUUAAGGAUGAGUUUCAUACAAGGUUGCGAUUUUGUCGCAGAGGUCUCCUUGCCAUGGCUAAUGCAGGCAAGGAUGAUAAUGGCUCACAAUUUUUUUUCACAUUUGCUGCUACACCAGAAUUACAAAACAAACAUACUAUUUUUGGCAAAGUUAUUGGAGAAACUUUGUACAACAUGCUUAAACUUGAAGAAGCUCUUGUAGAUGAAAAUGAUAGGCCUAUUUAUCCACAAAAAAUAUUGAAGACAGAAAUUCUAAACAAUCCAUUUGUAGAUAUUUCACCACGAAUAGAAUCUAAAAAGAAAAGUGAUGUGAAAGAAACUAAGAAAGAAAAAAAAGCAGGAGUAAAAAAUUUUAAGUUAUUAUCUUUUGGGGAAGAAGCAGAAGAAGAUGAAGAAGAAUCUGCAAUUUUGAAUAAGCAAUUAAAUAAUAAAGCAAAAUCAGCACAUGAUCGUUUGUCUGAUCCUAAAUUAAGUUCACAACCUGUAAUUGAUAACACUGAACCACCAAAUAAAAAAUUAAAGGAAUGUGACGAUGUUGAUUCUGAAAGUGAUAAUGAUACAUUACAAUCUUCUGAGACAAUAGCUGCCAUAGCAAAAGAAAAAACAGAAAUGACUGAAAGAAUCAAAAAUAAAUUGAAAGGAGGUAAAAAGACAAGUGAUUUCAAAGAAACUGAACCUACUAAAGUAACUGAUAAUGAUAAUGUAGAAGAAGAGGAGGAAUAUUAUUUUGGUAAAGAACGAUAUGAAGAACGUAAAAGAAAAAUGAAUGCAAUUAAAAAAGAAAUCCGUGACUUAAAACGUACUGUUCAGAACGAAAAAAAAGAAAAAGAAGCAGAUAAAAAACUUGAGGAUGAUAAACAAGAACAGAAAAGAAAACAAAGCGAAAUAUUGAAAGAUUAUUUACAAACUCAAGAAGAAUAUAAAAAAGCUAAACAAAAAAUACCUGCAAAGGGUAAAACACGAGAAGAUUUUACUCUAAAUCUUCUAAAUAAAUUCAAGAAUAAACUUCAGGAUACUAAAGAGUGUACAAAGGGCAACGGAAGUACAACAAAGGAAGAAGAAUCUAAAGAUGAUGGAGAUGACGAGUUGUGGAUGGCACAUAUUUUGCGUUGCGAAGAAAAAGCUCCUGUACUUGCAAAAGAUGCUAGUACAAAAGAUGACGAUUGGUUUGAAAUUUAUGAUCCACGAAAUCCACUGAAUAAACGUCGAAGAGGAGAAACAACAAACAGCUCGAGGGAUAGUAAAAAGGAUAGAAAUCAUUCACGUCGAAAAUAAAUAUAAAUAUAUAUAUAUAUUAUUUUAUUUAUAAAAUAACACUAACUAUAUAUGUAUAUAAUUAUAAAUUAUAUCUCCUUUUUU